AAUAUAUGUAUUUAUAUAUUAGUCAAACAAGAUAUAUUUUAAUAUUUGAAAUUAAGAAUUGUUAUUAAUGUUUUCAGAAUAUGUAACAUACGCAGAAUGUUAAUUGCACAUGUACAUUUAUGUAUUAAGGUAUUUAUUAAUAAUCAAGAAAACAGGUUAUAAAGAAGGUUAAAGAUACAUACAUAAUGUACAUUUGUAAAUGGUAUUAAAUUUAUGUAACAACAAAAUUCGAAUAAUUUAUUAACAUGAGUUUACUUAUUAGAAGAGCUUUUACUUCAUUAAGUAAAUCUUUAAUAACUAAGGAACAUUUUAGUCCACAAGUGAUGAUUGUUCAUGCUUUUCACAACAAUCAAAUUUUAUACAAUAGAAGAAAAAAAGCAUCCAGUGAUAUUUCACUCAAUUAUUUUGAUGCAUCAAAAAGCAAAGAGAAAGAAGUAUUCUUAGAAAUAAUACGUAUAUAUCUUAAAGAGAAUACUUUGCUAAGAGGACAUACACAAUUUAUAUUAAGGGCAUUAAAAUACAUGAAUGAAUUUGGUGUGAAUAAAGAUUUGGAAACGUAUAAAGCAUUACUAGAUGUAUUUCCAAAAGGGAAAUUCAUACCAGUGAAUAUUUAUCAAGCCUUGUCUUAUCAUUAUCCAAAGCAACAAGAUACAGCUAUAGAAUUGCUUGCACAAAUGGAAGAUAAUUUUGUGAUGCCUGAUUAUGAAAUGCAGCAAAUGAUAUUAAAUAUUUUUGGCGAAAGAAGUUAUGUUAUUAAAAAAUUUUGGCGUAUGACUUAUUGGAUGCCAAAAUUUGCUCAUUUAAAUCCAUGGCCAGUCCCUGAACCUCCGCCAACAGACCCCAGAGAAUUAGCACAAUUAGCAAUAGAAAAGAUAUCUAGCAUAGAUGUACAAAGCAAUGUUACCGAAUAUAGAACAAAAGAUGUACCAGAUGCUAUUGAUGAUACAUGGAUUGUAUCUGUUAUGAGCAGAUCACAACAAGAACUACUCGCUGUACAACCAACUGACAAAUCCUUAUCUGUAGAAGGUCCUUUUAUUAUUUGGAUUGGAACUACCUGCAUGGAUUAUUUUGUACUAAAAGGGGAACCGAUAAAAAGAGAAAUUAUUUAUGAGAGUUAUGAUGAUAUUUCUAAUUUAGAAAUUCCCUUUUGGGAAAGGCAUCACUUUAAAAUACCUUAUACCAUUCAUGAACAGCCUGAUGGUGUGUAUUAUGCGAUAUGUGCUACUGGUACCUCUUCCAAAGAUUCUCUAUUAUCUUGGAUAAGGUGCUUAGAAAAAACAAAUCCCAUUCUAGAACAUAUACCAAUAGUGUUCAAAUUGAAAUCACUCACGCAAGAAAAAGCACUUAUUGAACAAGGUGAAAAUAAACCUGUUAUGGAACAAUUACCUUCUGAUACAGGUGCAUUGAAAGAAUAGUUUAAUGGUUUAUGAGCAUAAGUAACAUAAAAAUGUAUAAAUAAAGUAUUUAUAAUGCUUAA